AUGUCAGAAGUUAUUCAACGAGCAAUUGCUAAACGUGAUAAAGAUUUAAGACCAAACGUAGAAGCUAAUGAUGGUGGAUUAAUUCAGUGCUCAACGGAUGGAAAAUAUUUUUUCUUUAUGCAUGAAGAUAACGAACCUGAUAUGCAUAAGAUUAUAUUCAGUUCUUAUAUGGAACAGAUAGUGAAAGCUGUGUUAGGUGAUACGGCGUAUUAUACUCAUUCAGAAAUUGUUGUAAAACGUGGAGAAGGUGACAAAGAUAUGUCAGGAAGAACAGCUUUCGCUUGGCAUCAAGAUAGUGGUUAUGUUCCAUAUGAACAUACACCGUACUUAAGUUGUUGGUGUGCUUUGACAGAAAUGACAACAAAUAAUGGAACAAUUUCUGUAUUACCUAUUGAAAGAAAUCCAUCAGAAGAUGAAAAUCACAAAAUCAAUUGGUGUGCCAAGCCACGACCGUCAGCUGUCACUGAGUUUCCAUGCUAUCAACAUCGAAACGAUGAUAAUAGUCCAGAUUUAAUAGGAUAUUUUGGAAGCGAUCUAGGCAUUGAAGUAUUGUGUCCUGUGGGAAGUAUUGUAGUUUUCUCCAGUUUGACAUUACAUUGUUCCUCGCCGAAUCAUAGUAAAGCUCUUCGUUCAGCAUACAAUGUUCAAUAUGCUCCGGUGCCAUUGAUGAGUGAAGAUUCGCAAUCAUUUAGACACAACGCUGAUCCAUUUAUUGUUGAGUCAAAAAUUGCUCAUGAAGUCGAAAAAUGGCAACAAUAA